AUCCCCCGUGGGGAGGAGGUCGAAGACUCCAUCCGCCAUGUUGGAUGCCGCAGAUUCGCCAUAACCUCUCGGGCUCUUUCCCUAAAAAAAUUAAAAAAAUCAAGAGCCAAGUUUCCUCAGGGUGCCCGGCCUUCUCGCUUGGCGCGGGAGGGAGCCCAGGAGGAGCCCGAGGCUUUUUUUUUUCACCCCCCCCUCCGCCGAGGGGGCGUUGCCAUGGAGACGCAGGCGGCAGAAAAUACAGCCAUCUUCAUGUGUAAAUGCUGUAAUCUUUUCUCACCAAAUCAGUCAGAACUCCUGACCCAUGUUUCUGAGAAGCAUGGUGAAGAGGGGGUCAAUGUGGAUGAUGUCAUCAUUCCUCUCAGGCCUCUGAAUACUCCUGAAACCCCUAACCCAAGCAAGAGCGGAGAUGAGUUUUUGGUUAUGAAGAGGAAGCGAGGCAGGCCUAAGGGUUCCACGAAGAAGCCCAGCCCUGAAGAGGAGGUAGUCGAGAGCCUCGUGAGCCCCAGUGAGGACGGUCCCCUGGCCCCGGAGGAAGGGAGUGACCUGGCGCCCAGCAGCUUGGAGUGUAGCAAGUGCUGUCGGAAGUUCUCCAACACACGCCAGCUGCGCAAGCACAUCUGCAUCAUUGUGCUGAAUCUGGGUGAGGAGGAAGCAGAUGCAGGUAACGAGUCAGACCUUGAGCUAGAAAAGAAGUACAAAGAAGAUGAUCGAGAAAAGGCUGCAAAAAGACCACGGGCUCAGAAAACAGAGAAAGUCCAGAAGAUUUCAGGAAAAGAGGCAGGGCAGCUUUCUGGAGCCAAGAAGCCCAUCAUCAGCGUGGUCUUAACUGCUCAUGAAGCCAUUCCAGAAACACAAGUGGUUAAAGAGGAAUCUUUUACACACUUGCCCUUGACCCCCACUCCACUUACACAGUUAGGUCCCACCCAGCUGAAGAUCUUCACGUGUGAGUACUGCAACAAGGUCUUUAAGUUCAAGCACUCACUGCAGGCGCACCUGAGGAUCCACACGAACGAGAAGCCAUACAAGUGCUCCCAGUGCAGCUAUGCCAGCGCCAUCAAGGCCAACCUCAACGUGCACCUGCGAAAGCACACGGGCGAGAAGUUCGCCUGCGACUACUGCUCCUUCACCUGCCUCAGCAAGGGCCACCUCAAGGUGCACAUUGAGCGCGUGCACAAGAAGAUCAAACAGCACUGCCGCUUCUGCAAGAAAAAGUACUCGGACGUCAAGAACCUCAUCAAGCACAUCCGGGACAUGCAUGACCCUCAGGACAAGAAGGUCAAGGAGGCCUUGGAUGAGCUCCGCCUGAUGACGAGGGAGGGCAAGCGGCAGCUGCUCUAUGACUGCCACAUCUGUGAGCGCAAGUUCAAGAACGAGCUAGACCGGGACCGCCACAUGCUGGUCCAUGGCGACAAGUGGCCCUUUGCUUGUGAGCUCUGUGGCCAUGGGGCCACUAAGUACCAGGCCUUGGAGCUGCAUGUCAGAAAGCACCCCUUUGUUUACGUCUGUGCUAUAUGUCUCAAGAAGUUUGUCAGCUCCAUCAGGCUGCGCUCCCAUAUCCGAGAGGUGCAUGGGACAGCCCAGGAGACCUUGGUCUUCACCAGCUCCAUCAACCAGAGCUUCUGCCUCCUGGAGCCUGGUGGGGACAUCCAGCAAGAAGCCCUGGGGGACCAGCUGCAGCUGGCAGCUGAGGAAUUUGUGUGCCCGGAAAUAGAUGGGCACAAGGAGGAGACUUGUCCUGGGGAAGCUCAGCCUGAGGCAGGCGCAAGGGAGCUGGAGGCCCCUGAAGAAGCAACUGCCCCGGCUGUGCCCUUGACCACCUCCAAGACUGAAAGUCCUUCCCUGUCCCCCAGCAAACUAGGAACCACUGUGGUCUGCUCUGACCUCAACCCUCUUGGAGUGGUUUCCGAUGAUUUUUUACUGAAAAAUGAUACCUCCUCUGCUGAGGCUCAUGCUGCCGAGACAACCUUGGAUGCACAGCAUGGAGGCUCAGCCCAGACUCAGGGUGAAGAAGUCACACUGCUGCUGGCCAAGGCCAAAAGUGCCGAACCAGACCCAGAGACCCAGAGUGACCAGGGCCCUCCAGGGGGAGGGCAGAAUUCGGUCACUCUGCCAGCCAGUGAAUCUGACUCCAACGGGUGUCUCAGGUCAAACCCAGCGGAGGCCCCAGACCUCCUUCCUACAGCGGCUGAUGGAGGGGACCUUGGAAUGUGCCAGCCUGACUCUUGCAAACCCUCCUCUGAGCACCACCCUGGCAGCACAGCGUUCAUGAAGGUCCUAGACAGUCUCCAAAAGAAGCAGAUGAACAUCAGUCUAUGCGAGAGGAUCCGGAAGGUCUAUGGAGAACUGGAGUGUGAAUACUGUGGCAAACUUUUUUGGUACCAAGUGCAUUUUGACAUGCAUGUCCGCACCCACACCCGGGAACACCUGUAUUAUUGCUCUCAGUGUCACUAUUCCUCCAUCACCAAAAACUGCCUUAAACGCCAUGUCAUUCAGAAACACAGCAACAUCUUGCUGAAGUGCCCCACUGACGGCUGUGACUACUCGACUCCAGAUAAAUAUAAACUACAGGCCCAUCUUAAAGUUCACACAGAGCUGGACAAAAGGAGUUAUUCUUGUCCUGUAUGUGAAAAAUCUUUUUCAGAAGACCGAUUGAUAAAGUCACAUAUCAAGACCAAUCAUCCCGAGGUCUCCAUGAACACCAUUUCUGAGGUUCUUGGGAGAAGGGUCCAGCUCAAAGGGCUAAUUGGAAAGCGAGCCAUGAAGUGUCCAUAUUGUGAUUUCUAUUUCAUGAAGAACGGCUCAGACCUUCAGCGGCACAUCUGGGCUCAUGAGGGUGUGAAGCCCUUCAAAUGUUCUUUAUGUGAAUAUGCAACUCGUAGCAAGAGCAACCUCAAGGCUCAUAUGAAUCGCCACAGCACUGAGAAGACCCACCUCUGUGACAUGUGUGGCAAGAAAUUCAAAUCCAAAGGGACACUGAAAAGUCAUAAGCUCCUUCACACAUCGGACGGGAAACAGUUCAAGUGCACAGUGUGCGACUACACAGCAGCCCAGAAGCCACAGCUGCUGCGGCACAUGGAGCAGCAUGCCUCCUUCAAGCCUUUCCGCUGUGCCCAUUGUCAUUACUCAUGUAACAUCUCCGGAUCUCUGAAGCGACAUUACAACAGGAAGCACCCCAACGAGGAGUACGCCAACGUGGGCAGCGGGGAGCUUGCAGCUGAAGCACUCAUCCAGCAAGGUGGCCUGAAGUGUCCUGUUUGCAGCUUUGUCUACGGCACCAAAUGGGAGUACAACAGGCACUUGAAGAACAAGCAUGGCUUGAAGGUAGUGGAGAUUGAUGGAGACCCCAAAUUGGAGCCGGCAACAGAGACUCCAGAGGAGCCCUCCACCCAGUACCUCUACAUCACCGAAGCCGAAGAAGAUGUUCAGGGGACACAAGCCGCGGUGGCUGCCCUUCAGGACCUGAGAUACACCUCCGACAAUGGUGAUCGACUUGACCCCACAGCUGUGAACAUCCUGCAGCAGAUCAUUGAGUUGGGUUCAGAGACCCACGAUGCCACCACUGCUGUGGCCUCCGUGGUUGCUAUGGCUCCUGGAACAGUAACUGUUGUGAAACAGGUCACCGAUGAGGAGCCCAGUUCCAACCACACUGUCAUGAUCCAGGAGACUCUGCAGCAGGCCUCCGUGGAGUUAGCCGAGCAACACCAUCUGGUGGUGUCCUCUGAUGACGUGGAGGGCAUUGAGACAGUGACCGUGUACACACAAGGCGGGGAGGCCUCAGAGUUCAUCGUGUAUGUACAAGAGGCCGUUCAGCCCGUGGAGGAGCAGGUUGGGGAGCAGCCGGCCCCAGAACUCUAGAGGACCCUCGUCUCCUUCAGCAGCCUUGGCUUUGUGGGCACUGGGGACCACCUAACCUUGCCUACUGGCCCAGAUGGUGUUCUCUACACUGUCCUUGUGUGAGCAAGGCCAGUGCAUCACCAGCAAUACAGAACCCCAAUCCUCAGCACAAAUCACACCCCUGUCCCAGCAUCCUCUGUUUCCGGAAGACUUUUACAUCAACUGUCCUGCCCUGCCCCUCCCUUGCUUCAGGAUCCAGAGACUCCCAUCCCCAUCAGCAUCUUCUUUGGUUACAGCCCCAGCCCUUUGCUCCCCAGCCUCACCCCAGGUGCUCCUCCUCCUCUGGGCCCUCUGUGCUGUCUGUGAAAGGGAGACAGACACCACACAGCAAGUGGCCUUACGUAUUUGAAGUUAACCACUGGGUAGGGUGGGUAGGACCAUCCAAGCGCUCUCCACUGAGCCCCACCCUCCUCAGUGCAGGAGCGCUGGGAACAAAUGACUGACCCCCCCACUCCUCUAUCACAAGGGCCCAGCUUGGAAUUCUGUAUGCUUUUAAAAUAAAUGCGUUUUCUCUCUUCACCUCUCAUUCAGGGAGGUGGGAGAAAUAAAA